GGACUGCUCUUAUAGCCCAGCUUCUUGCCAGAUAGCGAAUAGGCCCAGUUCCACUCGUUCGACGUUAUUGUCUUUGUGAUGCGUCACUGCUUCUCAACCGCUCUCCUCGUCGCCAGUCUUGCUGGAGGUAUCUACGGCCACAGGCAAUCCGGCUCACCCUCCUACGAUGAAGCGCCCGUGAAGAGGAGGAAGACGUUGGGCUUUGGUCCCAACCACCCCCAUGCGGUCUUCCACGCAACCCCAUACAGCAUCCAAACCAACGGCUUCACCCCCAAGGAUCCUUCGAUGGACCCCUUGGAAGUAGCGCGAAUCUUUGUAAACGAUGUCCUCUCUGAGGGACCCUCAGAAGGCAGGUCGUACAAGAUCCGCGACGACUCCUACACCGACAAGAACACUGGUGUUACCCACGUCUACGUUCGCCAGGUCGUCAAUGGCUUGGAAGUCGUCGAUGGUGAUAUGAACAUUAACAUCAAGGAUGGAAUGGUUAUCUCCUACGGUAACUCUUUCUACAAGGGUGCUGCACCCAUCUCUGGCCUGCUGCGCCCCGAGAACUUCUCGGCUCUCCGCGAUUACCGCUUGGAGGCAUGUAAUGAGGCUCGCUCUCGCAGUGCUGUAUCAUUCAUGGGCCACGGCGAUGGCCAGGUCAUCAUGUCCUCGUCGCAAGAGCCAGUUUCACAGGAGUUCUUGGAGACUAUCAAACACAACUGCGAUACUGCCUUCCAACCCCCAUCAUUCAGCACUGACGACCCCUCUGACUUCCGCCCUGCCUUGUUGCACUUUGUGCACACUGCCACCCCCAACUCGCACUUGGCUGCUGAUAUCGAGAGCAAGUUCGAGCAGUACGUUGCCAAGAUGGAGCCUACCCCGGUCCACCACUUUGCGCCGAACGGGAAUGAGAUGCAAGUCGAGUUCUCCGUCGACAAGGUUCCCGAGGCCGUUAACCCCGUCAAGGCCAAGUUGGCCUACGCUCAAGUCCCCAACCAGGCUGGAGACGCCACCGAACUCCAGCUUGUCUGGAAGUUCGAGGUCGAGAUGGAGGACAAUUGGUAUGACGCGACCGUGACGGCCCAUGCACCUCACAAGAUCGUCUCGGUCGUGGACUGGGCUUCUGAUGCCCCCAUUCCCACCCCUGAUGAGCGCGUUGUCGGUACUUACAACGUCUUCCCAUGGGGUGUCAACGAUCCAUCCGUCGGUGAACGCUCGAUCCAGAAGGAGAACUUUGACGCUUUGGCUUCUCCCGCUGGCUGGCACGCCAUUCCCUACGCUCACGACCCUCAAUCGACCAACAUCAGGCGCAAGGGCGGCGACUUCUGGAGGAAUACCACCACCACUUGGGGCAACAACGUCUUCGCUCAGGAGAACUGGGAGGGCGCGAACAGCUUCAUCUAUAACUACCGUCCAGACGGCGGCCAAGAGAAGGUCUUCGACUACAAAUACAAGCCCAAGGAGACUGAGAAGCCCGACGCUCUCGAUGAGGCGAAGAAAUACAUCAACGCUACAGUCUCCCAGCUCUUCUACACCACCAACUUGGUGCACGACUUCUUCUACCGCUAUGGCUUCGACGAGGUGUCCGGCAACUUCCAACAGUACAACUUUGGCCGUGGUGGACGCGAGAACGAUGCUGUUAUCGCCAAUGCCCAGGAUGGCUCCGGUUACAACAACGCCAACUUCAUGACCCCACCCGACGGUCAGAACGGUCGCAUGCGCAUGUACCUCUGGAACACUGCUUUGCCCUACCGUGACGGUGACUUCGAAGCCGGCAUUGUCAUCCACGAGUUGGCCCAUGGUCUGAGCACCCGCUUGACUGGUGGACCGUUGAACUCUGGCUGCCUUGGUUGGGGCGAGAGCGGAGGUAUGGGUGAAGGAUGGGGUGACUUCCUUGCCACCACUAUCCGAAGCAACAAGGUCUACUCAGACUACGCCAUGGGCGCCUGGGCUGCCAACAGGGAAUCAGGUAUCCGCAACUACGUCUACUCCAUGAACACCACUGUCAACCCAUCCGUCUACAAGACCCUCGAUAAGCCCGGCUACUGGGGUGUCCACGCCAUCGGUGAAGUCUGGGCUGAGAUCCUCUGGGUCGUCUCCCAACGCUUGAUCGAGAAGCACGGAUACUCCGACAACCUCUUCCCUCCCGCACCUCUCGAGGACGGCACCAUCCCUCCUGGCGAUUUCUACCGCGUCGCCGAGGCUGGCAAGCCCCUCGUUCCCAAGCACGGCAACUCGCUCAUUGUGCAGCUCGUCAUUAACGGUAUGAAGUUGCAGCCUUGCAGGCCCACGUUCUUCCAGGCCCGCGACGCCAUCAUCGCCGCCGACCAGGUGUUGACCGGUGGAGAGAACUUCUGCACGUUGUGGAAGGGCUUUGCCGAGAGGGGUUUGGGCUCGGAUGCCAAGAUUGAGGGCCAGACGCCUUGGGGUGGAGGAAUUAGGACCAACGGCUAUGCUGUUCCUUCUGCUUGCCAGGACGAGGACGCGUAGAGAGGUAUAGACGCUAUCCCUCCCUAGAUUCCACUCACUCGCUGCCGUUUAUUUCUGCUACUAUCUACUCGAACGUUUUAAUCCCCUUUUUCUGCUCUUGGUUUUUCAUGCUCUGCGGUCCGUACUAACCAACCAUCCUCACGGUCUAUACCAGGUGUCGGUGAUGGUUACGAUGGAUUCGUGUGCAUCUCCAUUCCCUGCAUAUAUCACCCCGUCCCGUUACAGGGCAUCCGUUGUGCAUUCUUUCGUUUCUUUUUGGUCUCUCCGGGCACUGUGUAUCAUAGUUAUUAUUGCUGUCGUUGCCUACCUGUGUACUAUAUCCCUGUCGCUCUUGCCCUUAUACACGCGUUAUA